AUGUCGCUGUCUACUACAGUAGUAGGGGCGGAGAGGUCGGGUGUCUGCUGCUCUCGCUUCUGCUCCUCGCUGCAGGGGAGGCCAGGCAGCCAGGUCCACUACUCCGUCUCCGAGGAGGCCAAACACGGCACCUUCGUGGGCCGCAUCGCCCAGGACCUGGGGCUGGAGCUGGCGGAGCUGGUGCCGCGUCUGUUCCGGCUGGCGUCCAAAGGCCGCGGGGACCUUCUGGAGGUAAAUCUGCAGAAUGGCAUUUUAUUUGUGAAUUCUCGGAUCGACCGGGAGGAGCUGUGCGGGCGGAGCGUGGAGUGCAGCAUCCACCUGGAGGUGAUCGUGGACCGGCCGCUGCAGGUGUUCCAUGUGGAGGUGGAAAUAAAGGAUAUUAAUGACAAUCCGCCAGUAUUUCCAGUGACAGUAAAGACUAUCCGGUUUCACGAAUCGAGGCUGCUUGACUCGCGGUUUCCUCUAGAGGGGGCGUUUGAUGCAGAUGUCGGAGUAAAUGCUCUUCUCUCCUACAAGCUCAGCUCCAGUGAGUUUUUCUUUCUAGAUAUACAGACAAAUGAUGAACUAAGCCAGUCUUUGUCUCUUGUGCUGAGGAAAUCUCUGGACAGAGAGGAAACUGCCGAGAUUAAUUUGUUACUGGUGGCUACUGAUAGGGGCAAACCUGAGCUCACAGGCACCGUUCAAUUGCUUAUUAAGGUAUUAGAUGUGAAUGACAACGAACCUACUUUUGACCAAUCAGUUUACAAAGUACAAUUGUUAGAGAACAUCGCAAAGGGAUCCUUGGUGAUUAAAUUAAAUUCUUCUGAUGCAGAUGAAGGAUCAAACAGCGAGAUUGUGUAUUCAUUUAGUAGUGAUGUGUCCCCCAAUAUAAAGACCAAGUUCAAAAUAGAUCCCAGCUCAGGGGAAAUCAGAACUAAGGGACAAUUAGAUUAUGAGGAAGUGAAAUCUUAUGAGAUUCAAGUCAUUGCGUAUGACAACGGGACUCCACCAAUGUCUGGGCACUGUAAAAUUUCAGUAAAACUUGUGGACAUCAAUGAUAACACACCAGAAGUCUCAAUCACGUCUCUUUCACUUCCCAUCCGAGAGGAUGCUCCGCUGGGAACAGUGAUCGCCCUCAUCACGGUGUCUGACCGCGACUCCGGUGCCAACGGGCAGGUGACCUGCACCCUGACCCCCCAUGACUUCUUCAAACUGGUGUCCACGUUCAAGAAUUACUAUUCGCUGGUGCUGGACAGCGCCCUGGAUCGCGAGAACCUGGCGAACUAUGAGGUGGUGGUAAAAGCACGGGACGCGGGCUCACCUUCCCUGUCGGCCACAGCCAGCGUGUCCGUGGAGGUGGCCGACAUACUUGCUAAUGGUAUAAGAAUCUUGCAUCUCACCAAGUUUCCACUCACUUGA